ACUUGUUAAAUUUGCAGUCGUGUGAAUUUUGUGCGUAAAAAUGGCGACUAAAUGCCGUCAAAACUAUCACAAAGAUUGCGAAGCUCUCGUCAAUCAACAAAUUAACAUCGAGAUGAAUGCCAAUUACAAAUAUUUGGCUAUGGUCGCAUUUUACGAUCGGGAUGAUGUAGCCCUAAAAGGAUUUAGCAAAUGUUUUAAAGAAUUAGGCCAUGAGAAGCUGGAAUACAUUCAAAAGCUUGUCAACUAUCAGCACCUUCGUGGGGGCCGUGUGGUUUUCAGUGACAUUGGUCGUCCUCCUGAUCAAGAAUGGACAUCGCCGCUAUCCGCCAUGGAAUGUGCUCUCGCUAUGGAAAUGAAAGUCAAUCAGUCCGUUUUGGAUUUGAACAAAAUAGCUGUUGAUCGUAACGACGAUCAACUGAGUGAUUUUCUCAAGAAACAUUUCUUAGUGAAGCGGGUAGAGACCAUCAACCAGUUAGCAAAUCACCAUACCAAGAUACACCGUGUUGGCGAUGGCCUAGGAAUAUUUCUCUACGAUCAAGAUCUUCUAUCUUGA